CUUGACGCCGGUAACGUGGGGACUGAACGACGCUUCUGUGGAGUCGUCGUCAGGGGACACAUCCUCAAAGAAAAGCCCAGUUUUAUGGAGGAUUUUACUGCACCGAUCAGUUGUGGAUUUAACACUGAGCUGCUGACAGCAGAAUGGACCUGCUGCCUGACGUGUGGAGGCAGGACUACUGGCUCCCUCCAGGUGUCACCUGGACAGACAUGGAGCUGCUGGCGGACUCUGACCGACCCCAACCCCUGGACCUCCUCGUGGCUCUGCCCCUGGCCCUGGGCUUUGUCGCGCUACGCUGCGUGUUCGAGAGGUUUUUUGCCCCACCCAUGGGCAGAUGUUUAGGGGUAAAGAAUAGAUUGCGAGUGACUGCAGCCCCCUCCCCGAGGCUGGAGUCCUUUUACACCAAGAGGAGCAGACGGCCGACACAGGGUGAAAUCGUCAGUUUGAUGAGGCUGUGCGGCAAAACCCAGAGACAGAUCGAGACGUGGUUCCGUCGUCGCAGGAACCAAGACAGGCCCUCUCAAACCAAGAAGUUUGGCGAAGCUGCCUGGAGGUUUGUUUUCUACCUUGGCGCCUUCGUGGCUGGACUGGCCUGCUUGAUCGAUAGACCCUGGUUCUGGGACCACAGGGAAUGUUGGAGGCAGUAUCCACUGCAGCCCAUGGAGAGAGCUCAUUACUGGUACUACAUGUUGGAGCUGGGUUUUUACAGCUCUCUGCUGCUCCGGAUCUCUGUCGACAUCAAGAGAAAGGAUUUUAAAGAACAGGUGAUCCACCACUUGGCCACCAUCUUCCUGCUUAGUUUCUCCUACUGCGCCAACUACAUCCGCGUCGGCACUCUGGUCAUGCUGCUUCAUGACUCCUCUGACAUCCUGCUCGAGUCUGCCAAGAUGUUCAACUACGGCACUGGCUGGAGGAAAACAUGUGACGCAGUGUUUGUUGUGUUUGCCGUGGUCUUCCUGGUGACUCGACUGGUGAUUUUCCCCAGUAGAAUCAUCCACACCACCCUGGUACUGUCCAUGGACGUCUUUGAGCCCUUCGUCGGCUUCUACUUUUUCAACGUUCUGCUGAUGGUGCUGCAGGUUCUUCACAUCUUCUGGGCGAGCUUGAUAUUACGCAUGGUUCAUAAACUCCUGAAAGGCAAGCUGGAAAAAGAUGAACGCAGUGAUGAAGAGAGUGAGGUCGAAGAAGAGGAGGAGGAGGAGGAGGAGGAGGAAAAGGGAGGAGAGGAAAAUGCUGAUCAAGGGGGAGAUUAUUGUUGGGAUAGAAGUAAAGACGCCCUGAACUCGAAGCUGUCGAUGUUGACCAACAAUUGUGUCCUGAACAACUUGAGCAACCACAGAGCGUCUGCUGUCGACAGAAUGCGUAAAGCUCAGUAGAGACGUGGCGUUUUUUAACGUUUUGCCUUCCGUUCCUGUGAACCUCAAGGUUAAAACAACCAUAAGGUUUUUAUCUCAAAUGACAUCAGACCAAUAUGAGUCAUCACACUCGAAUGUACUAGUCUGACAUGCAGAUGGGACUGUGUUUCACUUUGAAUUGAGAAGUGUCAUUAGACAAGUACAUGGGUGAGAGUUUAACUGUUAUUCUUUGUAAAAGUGCUGACAGAGGAGAGGACGGUCUUAAUUCAGCAAUAUCUGGGUGAUGGGCCCUGCGUGUUGCUGCUGCAACACUGUGCUGCGGACUCCAGACGGGACUCAAGUCCACGACCCCACAGGGCCACUGCUGCAGCCUCUGCACAAGUCUUAAUCCUUUUAAUGUAGCCGUUCAGUGCCUACUGAUGCUCAUUACAGCCGCCGACGCUGCAGAGUGUUUUACACUGUUUAUACUAUUUUCUCAUUCAGCAAAAGUCACAAAGCAGUUAAAAACAAAAAUAUUUUUUUUGUAACAUAUCAAAACUAAUGCUGUGGUUUGCUGAGACAGAAGAACUUGUUUAGUGUUGUAAAAUAAUUAAACUGUUACAUAACAUGCUGCAGACAUUUUAAUGCGGGAAACAAACGUGUUAUUUCACUCCAUCUUUGUCUGAUUCUUGUGAUGAUUGAAGAGAGUAAAAUAGUUUAAAUAUGUGA